AUGGAGCUUUUUGGCUAUUAUUAUAAUCCAAGUACUGAUAAUCAUGAUGUAAAAUCAUUUAAUACUCCAUUUAAAGUGAUUUGCAAUAGUGCCGAAACAAAGGAUUUGAUUGAAGAAUUUGUAACAGUUAUUGACAAUAAGGCAGAUGAGUUCGCAGAAAAAGAUUCUGGAUGGAUCUUACUUAAUUUUGUUCAUUUGGAAAUUAACAUCAAUAAAUUCAAUCCUUUGAGAGCAUCAUCAUUUAUUGAACUACCUCCUGAAAUAGUACGACGUCAAGCUGUAGUUAACAUAAGAAAUAACGAUGACUACUGCUUUGCUUGGUGUAUCAUGGCAGCUCUUCAUACUCCAACAGGUAUUGAUUUUGUUACAUCAUCAUACCCACAUUAUUCAACGGUUUUGAACACUGCAGGUAUUGAUUUUCCAAUAACAUUAAAAGACAUUAAAAAAUUUGAAAAUCAAAACAAUAUUUCUAUUAAUGUAUAUGGUUUAGAAAAAUAUUAUAAUAAAAUUUCUAAUAAUGAAGAAUAUGAAAUAAUUGGUCCUCUACAUUUCACAAAUGCUAAAAAAAAUAUUCAUGUUAAUUUAUUAUUGAUAAACGAUGAUGAUGGAAAUCUUCAUUAUUGCUACAUUUCCGAUCUUUCUAAAUUAAUUUCUAAACAACUUAGUAAACACAAUGGUAGAAAAUAUUUAUGUGAAGGAUGUUUGCAAUAUUUUGAUACAGAACAAAAAUUACAAUACCAUAAUAGUUAUGAUUGUGAUCAUGUUAAAAUUAAUUUGCCUUCUAAAGAACUAGUUAAAGAUAAAUAUGGAAAUGUAGCAUAUGAAAAUAUAUUAAAAUUUAUAAAUUAUCAAAAACAAAUGGAAGUUCCUUUUGUGAUUUAUGCAGACUUUGAAUGUAUUUUAAAACCGUUAAAUAAUAAUGAAAAAGUAGAAGAUCCAAAUAGUUCAUAUACUGUAAAAAAAUUUGAACAUAUUCCAUACUCUUUUGCGUAUUAUGUCAAAUGUUCAUUUGAUGAUGCAUAUUCUAAGUUUGAAAAAUAUAGAGGUUUGGAUAGUGAAAAAGUUUUUAUAAAUUCUCUAGAACAAGAUGCGUUAAAUUUAUAUCAAACAUUUUUAAAGACUCCUAAGAAAAUGAAUACUCUAACAGAAUUAGAACAAACUACACAUAACAAUGCUAAAAACUGUCAUAUUUGUGAUAAACCACUUUUAGGGGAUAAAGUUGCCGAUCAUUGUCACAUUACGGGCAACUAUAGAGGACCAGCUCACUCUUUGUGUAAUAUCAACUAUAAAAUUCCUAAUUUUAUUCCAGUUAUAAUGCACAACUUACGUAAUUACGACAGCCACCUAUUUUUAAAGAAUUUGUGUUUAAAUAAAGAACAAAUAUCAGUAAUUCCACAAAAUAAAGAAAAAUAUAUUUCCUUUGAAAAAAAUUUUCAUGUAGACAAUUAUUUUGAUAGACAUACAAGAAAUUAA